GCUGACAGCUGCAUCCUAAGUUGACAGGCCAGUGUGUGUUUGUGUCACUGUCAUCUGCAGCCGCACCAGGAGAGCACAGAGAACACGCUGCCAACAUCACUCACCGCGCUUUUUCUCUUCCUCUUCUCACCGUGGGUUUCACGCUGUGUUUACUUUUUAAUGUGAGUCCCAAAGCCUGCCAGCCUUCUGCAUUGUUCCUAUAACCCUUGCCUUGCUACUUAACAUUGCUUCUUCAUCUGCUUUGUCUUUACCACUGAAACCCACGGUCCUGAAGCCGCUCAUUGCUCCCCCAUUUUCACUUUCUACACCCAAUUUUCACCUUUUAUUUAUUUAUUUUUGUCACAAUAGAGAACCUGCAAAAAUUGUCCAUGCACCCUCAUCCUGUGCCUCCUCCCAUUUGUCACGGCGGUUUAUUUGCAUACUAGCAAUUUGUCUUCCUUUCAAACAAUUUGAUCUAUUUCCUUUCUUCAGCCGGGGAGAAACUCUGAAGACUUUAAUACAUUAGGGAUCGACGAACAUUUGGUUAAGAAAACUGACACAGCAAGUCUGAGAAGGGAGACUCCUUCUAUAUAUUAUAAUAUUCAGAACCAGGCAGAAGAACAUGUCUCGGCGGAGUAAACGACUUGGGACACUGGAACAAGAGGAUGAUCGGAUCAGCACCAGCAGUAUGGAGAGUCACUCCUUAUACAAAGAAGGCCCUACAAGGAGCCUGAGGAGAAAAGUGACCACCCUAAAAAAUGCACCGACCCCUCGCCAACCCACUCAUCACGCGCACUACAGCGAGACAAGCACCUACAUUACCAGAGACAAACUGGGACAGUCUUCAGAGCUACCAGAGACAGACUAUGAUGCCUCCUACUGGGGAGACAACUUAGUGAGCUCACGUGUUGGCUUGGAGAGGUCAUACCAGAGCAAAAACAGUGUCAAGGAAACACAACCCUCUUACGACAAGUCUACGUCAUCUUCUGGCUAUUCCUCUGAGGAAGAUAAUACAGGCCGGCCUGGGUCCUGUGAAGAUGGUACACGUGUUUCCCGCUGGAAAAGCAUGGCCAAGAGUGUUGCAAAGCUGCCUGUGCUCCUGUUCUACUUCCCAGGGCACGUGUUUAGUCUCCUGUACUGGUGGCUUGGUACCACGUGGUACCGUCUUACCACCUCCGCUUCACUCCUUGAUGUCUUUAUCUUAACCAGGCAUUAUAGUGUCCUCAAGAAAGCCAUGGCUAUCCUGCUCCUUCUGCUCUUAUUAGCUCUGGUUUGCACAGGAUUAUGGCAUUACUAUCCCUAUGGGCUCAGCGGUUUGACUAUCAUCCCUACAUCAUUAUUUUCUGCAAAGCACACACCCACAGAAGAGAGCUUCCCACUGAAACCAGAGCAAACAAGAUCACAAGCACAAUCUUUUUUUUCUGAGCAGGCAGAGUUUAUCUCUCGUAUGGAGACACUGGAGAGAAAGUUCCACAGUCUGGAGAAAGGACUGACCUUGCUCCAACAACAGAACAUAGCAAAACCCAGGGAAGCAGAGGUUCCAACAGACGCUGGUAUUAGUCGGGAAGAAGUUGUGCAGAUUUUUGCAGACCUGUCCAGUGAUAGGGAAGCUGCAUUGGUGGAGGGUAUCUUGCAGCAAGGGGCCAAAAAGGCCAAGAAUGACUUAAGGAACCUUAAAGAAGAGCAACAAGGAAACAUUCAGGAGGUUGUACAGAAAAUGCAUAAUAUGUUCAAGGAUGUGGAAGCAGAUAUUUUACAGCUCAAGACAGAUAUGAAAAGUUCAGCCACAGAUGACUUGAACAAGAACCUCAUGGAGGUAGAGGGAAAACUAAGUGGUGACCUUCUGGAAAUAGAAGAACAACUGAAAGCCGUAAAAAAAACUCAAGGGGAUUUGUCACAGAAAGUGGAAGCUUUCCCAAAGCAAAUACAGGGUGUAAAAGAUGGAGUAGAAUUACUCUUUCCAAAAUGGUUCCAAACUCAAAUGGAAGCAGAGGAUAAGAGAACUGGGCCUCUUUCUGAUCUCUUUCUGCAUCGGGAUGAGCUCCAAAGACACUUGGUAGAGCUAGAGAGGAAGAUUUUGGCUGGAAUAGCAACAGAAAGGAAUGCAUGGGCAGCUCAUGCUCACACCUCUGUAGACAGGGAGUUGCAGGCAGGAGGACUAUCUGGGAUAACCAGAGAGGAGGUCCAUGACAUUGUUAAUCGUGCAAUCCAAAGAUACAGUGAGGACCGGAUUGGGUUGGUGGAUUAUGCUCUGGAAUCUUCAGGAGCCAGUGUCAUAAACACAAGGUGUUCUGAAACAUUUGAGACUAAGACAGCUCUUCUCAGUCUGUUUGGUGUCCCCCUCUGGUAUCAGUCCCAGUCUCCACGAGUCAUUCUUCAGCCUGAUUUGAACCCAGGGAAUUGCUGGGCUUUCCGAGGGUCUCAAGGUUACGCAGUUAUUCGCCUGUCCAGCCGUAUCCGCCCAACAGCAGUGACUAUUGACCACAUCCCUCGCUCCUUGUCACCUAAGGCGACCAUUUCUAGUGCACCCAAGGACUUCUCUGUCUAUGCUUUAGAGGAAGAGUCACAGAAAGAAGGACUUCUGUUGGGAAAUUUCACCUAUAACCAGUAUGGAGAACCAAUACAGACCUUUUCCAUACAGAGAGGAGACAUAUCCACGUAUCAGCUGGUGGAACUGAGGAUUCAGAGCAACUGGGGCCAUCCGGAAUACACCUGUAUUUACCGUUUCCGUGUUCAUGGGGAGACAGAGGAGUAGAGGAUUGUUCAGUGCCAGCCUUCAACAGGACAACUGCAGCAACAUGCAGGAGUUACACUCUGUGUAUCACAGAGCCCCCACUCCCUGCCCAUUAUUACAGGCUUCUCCUAUGUGGAUCUAGUCUGAGUCCAGCCAUAUUCUCCAAUAUAGAUUCCUGGGACCUAUUGCCAUGCUUCACCAGCUAAAAAUCAGAAGGCUUUGUGCUUUAGCCUCUAAUAAGCUUUGAAUGCAUCUUGAAAUCUUACAAAACAAAGUUAUUUUGCUACAUAAAGCAAGUUAAGUAAUAAGCAAAGUAUUUCUAAGUAAUUCCAAGGAAUUGGAUUGGAGACAAGCGUGUAACUAUGUAGGAAACUUUUCUACUAGCCAGAGAGGAAGGUGUCCCAUACAAACAUGUCCAUAGGAAAAUGUUAUGCCACUGAGAAUAAUUAUUUAAUAAUAUAACAAUGUAAUGUGCAGGGACAGUGUUUGUAAUGGAAUGUUUCUCCUAAUCACUUCCACCCUAUGUUAUCAGUGCUGCCCGCUAUGCAUAGAAUGGACAGGCCUGAAUGAACAUUUAAUGCUUGUAAUUGCAGCCAAUGGCUAUUGAUGUCUCGUUGCUUUCAUUCUCCAGUUUACCAGAUACAGUUGGCGGCAGAACUGGUUUUAGAGUAGUAAAAAGAGACCAGGUGCUGUGGCCCCCAGCAUAAAAGGAAUUAUAUUUGGAACAAUUCUUAGAUAUUUUUAGUAUAUAUGUCAGGUACAGGCAAAGUGCAGUCCUCCAGCUGUUCUUGUACUUCAGUUAAACAGAAGUCCAGCUGGAGGGUUGCAGGCUGCAUAUACCUGAUGUAUAUCCUCCUCCCAGAUAUGGGCCCCAGGCUUCUCUCGCUCUAGUCUGGUAGAAGUAUAAAAGAAUCUCCGUUAAUAAGAAAUAACAAGUCACAUGACUAAAUUAGUUUUAGGAAGAUGUGUUUCAAACGCUGUGGUCUGGUUGUACUGGUAUAUAUAUAUAUAUUUGUUGUUGUUUCUUAAUUUGCACUUAACUGCCUGAGUUUAUGCACUGAUAAUUUAAUGCAAUGGACUGACCUCCCCCCAGGCAGUAUUACAUGUUGUCACAGUAUUAAAUACCCAGCCAAGCUGAAGUUCCGUACAUGAAGUUCUAAUUGGGUGUUCCACACUGGCAUCAUAAAAAUAGAAAAUAGGCAAUAGCACUGGAUAGUGAUCACUGCAGCUACAUCCAGACUAAUGAAUCCAACUCAUGCUCAACUUCCAUCCACAGCACUUUUCAGCAGCUGGAGGGCCGUAGGGUGGAUGCCCAUGGAAUUCUGUUUUUAGAAGCAAAUAGGUGUGUUCUUUUGUGUUUUCAACAAGGAUGUAAUUGUAAUGCCUGUGUAUGUCAUUAGGAAAUUAUAUUCAGUUUCACAUCUGCAGCAAUUUCAAGGGCCAGGUGAAGGACAGUCUAGAGAGGGCAUUUUCCCUGGACCCCCAGCACCACAAGGACAGCAAUCAUGUUUUAGGCUAAUGCCAAAAUGAUAUAUAUACUGUAUAUAUGUGUGUGUAUGUGCAGUAUUCGUGCUUUGUAUUUAAAUACCACACAAGAGUAUUCGUUACCAGCUUGUACAGAUUAUUACUAGAGCCUCUUUCUGGUGUAUGGGUUAGUGCCACGCAGUGGACUUCUACCAUCAGAUCUUGAUAUUUAGGUGCAGCUUAUUCUGGCGAGGAGUAAUCUACUCCAUGAUAUUUGAUAAGAAAUAGUAGUUAGUGUUUGCUGACGGGACUGUUAGUUAUGUGUGCAAGUGUCCUUCCAUACACAGGAUAUUUCAGCUGGAAAAAAGGACUUCAGCCUACAGAAUUGAUUAUAGGAUAUCUACAAUCCCACCCGCACUUUCUGUUGUAAAUGAAACAGGGGCCCAAGGCUGCACAAAUGGCAAUGGCAACCCGCUAUGUCUUUUUGGCUUUUUAGCAGGCAAGGCUGGGAACUAUAACCCAGAGCCAACAACAGAAUGACUGCUAAGAAUUGGUUAUAACUGGCAAAUAAAAUAGGGAGAGCUGAAUUGUUCUAAUGCUCCCAUAUAGAGAUCAUCCUACUGUAUUUACCAAUGUGUGGCACUGCAGUGGUUAUAGGGCCUUUCUACAGGGACACCCAUAAUUGUGGCAAGGCCGGCUUCUCUUCCUUCUUGCAGGGCUUGAGUUCUAGAAAUGUAUUGUAAAUGAUAAAUAAAAUGUUUCAAUUCUCAGAUG